CACGUCUUUAAGCACCCAUAGACUGAAUAGGCCGCUGGGACAAGCUCUACAGAACGACAAGCAACUCAUGGAGGCAACCAGCACUGCCCAGUCCGACCAGUCCGUGAAGUCGCCCUUCGAAGAGUAUCAAGAUCUGCUCCUCCCUCCAGCAUCCACAUAUAGGUUUCGGGACGAGACGGUAGUGGUAGACGGCGGGGAGAUCAUCGUCCGAUCCGUCAUCCCCGUCGUGGAUAAUGAGAGCGAGACGUUCCCUGUGCUCUUACAUGUACACGGAGGAGGACGAGGUGCUGGCAACAUCGAUCUCGACGACUUCUUCCUGCGCAAGCUGAGCGUCGAUCUCAAACUGUCCACUGUGAAUGUCAAAUACCGUCUCGCCCCGGAGUACCAAUUUCCGACCGCCUUGAACGAUUGCAUGGCCGCGCUCAAAUGGGUAGUCCAGAACACGCCCCUCCUUAAAGCGGAUCUCACCAAGGGCUUCCUCGUGGGCGGACACUCAGCUGGGGCAAACCUCGCAGCGGUUGUUGCGCACGCUGCUCGGGACGACCCUUUCUUUACUGGGCCUGGGCGGCAGCUCACCGGGCAGAUCAUUCGCGAGCCCCUCGUCAUUCAUUCGGACGUGCAUCCCGACGAACUGAAGCCAUUCUUGCAAUCAAUGAGAGAGAACGCGGACGUGCUGUACCCCUCGUACUCUGGUGUGCCUCGUGCAUUCGUGCAAGGCAUGGAGCCCAGCGACCCGCCGCGCGAUGAUGCCCGGGAGUACGCACGCGCUCUGCGCGCUGCGGGCGUCGCGGUUCGCCACAUCGAGUAUCCGGACCCUGGGAUCAACCCGGCUGCGGGAGUGAAGGUACACGAGGACCUCCUGCAGGGGAUCCGGUGGCUGCUUGAGGAGGCGUAGACCUCAGACGGCGUAAAUAAGGCUGAAUACAUAUUGUACUAUCAGAAGC